CGUCACCACACCGGGCGUAGUUCUUCUUCCGGCGCACAUGUUCUACGGACCCACGUGGUGACGGGUGAUAUUUUUCGGAGAAAAUGGAUUCCUUGGACCGGGUGGUAAAGCCCAAAACUAAGAGGGCCAAAAGGUUUCUUGAGAAGAGAGAGCCAAAGCUCACAGAAAACACAAAGAAUGCGAUGCUAAUAAAAGGUGGAAAUGCAACUGCAACAAUAACUGACGUGCUCAAAGAUAUUUAUGCGCUGAAAAAGCCCUUUGCUGUACUAUAUAAAAAAAAAAACAUUGCAAGACCAUUUGAAGAUCAAACCUCGCUGGAAUUUUUUUCCAAGAAAUCUGACUGUUCUUUGUUCCUGUUUGGAUCACAUAACAAGAAGAGGCCUAAUAAUCUGAUAAUAGGUCGCAUGUAUGAUUAUCAUGUUCUGGAUAUGGUUGAAUUGGGUAUUGAGAAGUUUGUAGCUCUCAGAGAUAUCAAGAACAGCAAGUGCCCUGAAGGGACAAAACCUAUGUUGAUAUUUGCCGGUGAUGCUUUCGACAUCAGUGAAGAACACAGGAGAUUAAAAAGCCUUCUAAUUGAUUUUUUCAGAGGCCCUGUUGUGCCCAGCGUUCGCCUGGCAGGCUUAGAACACGUUCUUCACUUCACAGCCAUUGAUGAAAAAGUCUAUAUGAGAAGUUACAAAGUGCUGUUGAAAAAAUCUGGUUGCAAAAUACCAAGGAUUGAACUUGAAGACAUGGGGCCAUCGCUAGAUUUGGUGAUGAGGAGGACCCAUUUGGCCUCAGAUGAUCUUUAUAAGUUAUCUCUAAGACAGCCCAAAGCUCUCAAGCCAAAGAAGAAGAAAAAUAUUUCCCAUGAUGUCUUUGGUACAAAAUAUGGACGGAUCCACAUGCAGAAACAAGAUCUGGAAAAAUUGCAGACCAGGAAAAUGAAGGGUUUAAAGAAGAGGCCAGCUGAAAAGAAGACUGAAGAUGGAAAGAAUCCAAAGAAAGUAAAGUUAGAAUGAUAGGCUGCAUCUGGACUGAGCACUUGAGCUGGCUGCUCCUUUGAUUUAUUCAUUUAAAUGCCAUAUACUUCUGAAAUUUAUUUUGAAUGGGUUUUCAGGCAAAACUACAUAGUUGUUCCUGGAAGGCAGGGAUGUUUUAAAGGGAGGAAAUGAAUAUGUGUUGCUUAAUUUUUGGACAAGUUUCUUCUGAUAACCACUUGAAACAGAUACUGCCAGCCAUUGCUUCCAGCAGUGGCUUCCAGCCAUUCAGGAUGACUUGUUCUACUCUUCAUUCUCUUCCCAGCCCCUGUUGCCAUUAAGUUUUCAGAAUAUGGCAUUUAUCUGUGUGCUUUUAAAGACAUUAUCAUCACGGACAUGAGCAGAAAUACAUCUGUACUCUGGAUUUUUUAAAAAAUAAACAUAUUUGGAUAUUCAUCACUGGGAAAGCCAUGACCUA